GGGCGGCUCUCCGGCUGGAGCUGGAAAGGGAGCGCUUCCCCGGACUCUGCUCGGUUCCAAGGCUCCGAAGCCGACGCCGCCAGCUCAAGCCCGGGGGCGGGAGCUGGACUGCCCACGGAGCCUGCGUCUGGGAGCCGCUUGGCAGGAACGCCUCAUGGGACGCCCCCGGGGUCUCUCUCCGAGCCCUGCUGCCCUGUCCCAGUCCUAGGCGCCCGGGCUCUACAGCCCGCCCCGCCCGCAGUCCGCGGCCUGAUUGGAGGGGAGUAUGAGGCCCGGGGCCCCGCGGACUCCGGCCACAAGGCGGCAGGGGCCUACCUUGAGACCCCCGCGCACGAGGGCGGUGGGUGAGGAGCCGCGGGAGCCGGCCAGGCGUCGGGGCGCGGAGAGGAGCGCCCCAGCUCUGGCCCCCGAAGGGCCGCGGGACCCGUGUGCGGCCUGAGCGCCGAGGAGGAGGCGAAGGCGCCCUGCCGUCCGGGCUGCUCCGCGGCGGCCCCAGUCCCCUGGUCACCAUCCUCACGUUUCUGCUCCCGCGGGGGAGAUGUCGCGGCCCGGGCCCCGAGCGCCGCCCCGGCCCCGGGGCUGAGCUCCGGACCAUGUCCUCCCGCAGCCCCCGGCCCCCGCCCCGCCGCUGCCGCCGCCGCCUGCCGCGCCCCUCCUGCUGUUGCUGCUGCUGCCGCCGCUCACACCUCAACGAGGACACGGGCCGCUUCGUACUGCUGGCGGCGCUCAUCGGCCUCUACCUGGUGGCGGGCGCCACCGUCUUCUCGGCACUCGAGAGUCCGGGCGAGGCGGAGGCACGGGCGCGCUGGGGCGCCACGCUGCGCAACUUCAGCGCGGCGCACGGCGUGGCCGAGCCGGAGCUGCGCGCCUUCCUCCGGCACUACGAGGCCGCGCUGGCAGCCGGCGUCCGAGCCGAUGCGCUGCGCCCGCGCUGGGACUUCCCCGGCGCCUUCUACUUCGUGGGCACAGUGGUGUCGACCAUAGGUUUCGGCAUGACCACCCCCGCCACGGUGGGCGGGAAGGCCUUCCUCAUCGCCUAUGGGCUGUUCGGCUGCGCCGGGACCAUCCUGUUCUUCAACCUCUUCCUGGAGCGCAUCAUCUCGCUGCUGGCCUUCAUCAUGCGCGCCUGCCGGGAGCGCCAGCUGCGCCGGAGCGGCUUGCUGCCCGCCACCUUCCGCCGCGGCUCCGCGCUCUCGGAGGCCGACUGCCUGGCAGGCUGGAAGCCCUCGGUGUACCACGUGCUGCUGAUCCUGGGCCUGUUCGCCGUGCUGCUGUCUUGCUGCGCCUCGGCCAUGUACACCAGCGUGGAGGGCUGGGACUACGUGGACUCACUCUACUUCUGCUUCGUUACCUUCAGCACCAUCGGCUUCGGGGACCUGGUGAGCAGCCAGCACGCCGCCUACCGGAACCAGGGGCUCUACCGCCUGGGCAACUUCCUCUUCAUCCUGCUCGGCGUGUGCUGCAUCUACUCGCUCUUCAACGUCAUCUCCAUCCUCAUCAAGCAGGUGCUCAACUGGAUGCUGCGCAAGCUGAGCUGCCGCUGCUGCGCGCGCUGCUGCCCCGCGCCCGGCGCGCCCCUGGCCCGGCGCAACGCCAUCACCCCGGGCUCCCGGCUGCGCCGCCGCCUGGCCGCACUCGGCGCCGACCCCGCGGCCCGCGACAGCGACGCCGAGGGCCGCCGCCUGUCGGGCGAGCUCAUCUCCAUGCGCGACCUCACGGCCUCCAACAAGGUGUCGCUGGCGCUGCUGCAGAAGCAGCUGUCGGAGACGGCCAACGGCUACCCGCGCAGCGUGUGCGUCAACACGCGCCAGAACGGCUUCUCGGGCGGCGUGGGCGCGCUGGGCAUCAUGAACAACCGCCUGGCCGAGACCAGCGCCUCCAGGUAGAGGCGCAACCUGUCGCGCCAUGGACCCUCAAGCAGACUGGCGUGCAGCCGGGCGGCGUUUGCCCUCCUCUCAGACGCUGGCGCUUUCUUAACCUUUAUCCAAUAAAAUAAAACAAAAACAAAAAAAAAUUUUUUUUUUAAAGAAA